AUGUAAAGAUGGUUUGAAAGGAUUUACAUUCUCUGCCCUCAGGUUUAUUGUAGGGAAGGAAGAAAUUCCCACACAUUCUUACUCACCAGAAGCGGCAUAUGCAAAAGUGGAACAGAAGACAGAGAAACAUGAGCAAAAGCCAAGAAGAAUGAAUGUAAUUGCUCUAAUCAGGAAACUUGUGGAUUCAGUAUGUAAGCAUGGACCAAGGCAUAGAUGUUGCAAACACUAUGAAGAUAAUUGCAUCUCUUAUUGCAUUAAAGGUUUCAUCAGAAUGUUUAGCGUGGGAUACUUGAUCCAGUGCUGCCUCCGAAUUCCCUCUGCAUUUCGGCAUCUGUUUACACAGCCAUCCCGGCUAUUUUCUCUCUUCUACAAUAAAGAAAACUUCCAGCUCGGAGCUUUUCUGGGCUCUUUUGUUAGUAUAUACAAGGGUACUAGUUGCUUCCUGCGCUGGGUCAGAAACCUGGAUGAUGAAUUGCAUGCUAUUAUAGCUGGCUUUUUGGCAGGAGUAUCAAUGAUGUUUUAUAAAAGUACAACAAUUUCCAUGUAUUUAGCUUCCAAGUUGGUAGAGACAAUGUAUUUCAAAGGCAUUGAAGCAGGAAAGGUUCCCUAUUUUCCCCAUGCAGAUACUAUCAUCUAUUCCAUCUCUACAGCAAUUUGCUUCCAGGCAGCUGUGAUGGAAGUUCAGACUUUGCGACCAUCUUACUGGAAGUUUCUUUUAAGACUCACCAAGGGCAAAUUUGCUGUCAUGAACCGAAAAGUCCUUGAUGUUUUUGGUACUGGUGCGUCUAAACACUUUCAGGAUUUUAUCCCUAGGUUGGAUCCAAGAUAUACAACUGUAACACCAGAGUUGCCCAUCGAGUUUUCUUGAAGAUGACUGUAAUUUAUUAAUGUGACUUAAUGUUUCAUUAUUUUAUCCUGAAGAGUUAACUAUGUUGAAACACAAAGAAGGAGUCUUGAGCUUGAACUUCAGUGUUAUUUCAAUGAGAGAUACUCUUUUCUUGUUAGUUUUUCUUACCAGUCAGAAGUACAGAAGCUUUUUAGGAAGGUGUUGCUUAAUAAUUAAGCGCCCUCUGUAGCCAGAAUCUGAUUCUGGGUCACUUGUAGUGGUUGACAUUAUGAUAUAUUAUUGAUUAAAUUAUGUCUACAAGCAAUCUUAAAUAAUCUACAUAGAAAUGUAGUAACAAAUAAGAGUAUACUUAAAAUUACCUUAAAAUAUGUUUUUAGUUCAUUCCAGUAUAAUUCUUGGUUAAAACUAAGAAUAUUUCUAUGUUUUAGGAUACAGAGGAUCACGGGUACAUGGAUUUGGUCUGUAUUUUUUUUUAACUUUUGAAUUGGUAACUAUAGUAGUGAAAUAUUAUGGAACUGAAGUAACUCUUCCCAGCCAAUGCUGCUUUAGUGUGAAGAAAUUUAAUUGAAGAAAGUGGCCAUUCUCACUUCAGGGAUGCGAAGACGGGUCUUGUGCUGUUCGGAUAAAUGCCGUGGUAUCCAUGCUCCCCUUCCACUGAUACCUUCAUCUCUCUUCAUGGUCAGUCGGGCUGUCUGGCAGCCCAGUGAGCCUAUGUACUAAUGGCAGGUUAGGAGCAAAUGGAAUUUGACAUAUCUGAUAAAGCUGAAAUGUAUGUUUUAAUCUUUUACAGAAGCAUUACACUUGAAUAUUUAAAAGCAAAUGAAGUUGCUUUUAAACCUCGUGAAGGUGUACGGUGUUUGUUUGCAUUUAUAAGGACUGAAUUCUUCAUAGCUCGGUUUGUCUGCCAUCGCUGACUUAGAAGGGAUCAAAAGUAGUUUGGGCAAAUUUGUCAGUUUGUUCCCUCUCCACCAUCCCACCUUUACAGUGGAUAUUUUACAGCUACAAACAAUAUAAAAAUCCAGUAGUUGUUAAAAGUCCAUUUCAUCACUAUGGGAUUCAGGUUCUCUAGCCUCUUUUCAAAAACUUAUUGUUUUUAUUCCUGUUAGAACAAAGAAGUGACAAAAUGUAGUGUUGAUUAUGAGUUAGUUCGGGACAGCUGUGAUUGAAAUAUGAUUACUCUUCAGAGUUUUUCAGGGAAAAGUCAUACUUUUCUAACUUAAUAAAAGGCUUAAGUGGUUAUGAUGUCUAUAGUUAAUGCAACAUAUAGGGAUAAUGGUAUAUUUUUUUAAUAUCAUUUUG